AUGGCACAAGAAGAGGGUCACAACGGAGGUGUUGAGAAGGCUGACGUGGAGGUGUCUUUCAAGGCCUUGAAGCCACAGCUGUUUGUGGAGGCAACCAAGGCCAAUGACGCUGUCCAAUUCUACAAGGCUGCCUUUGGUGCUGUUGAGACUUGCCGUAAUACUCAGCCAAAGCGCAAGGCAGAGCAGGAGCUCCCUCACAUCAUCUCUGCUCAGCUUCAGCUCGCUGGCUACACCUUUGUUGUCUCUGACCUCGCCGAAGACUCUGCUUCGGCCAAGGCCGGGGGAACUGGAUUCGCUCUCUGCCUAGAGACUGAAGAUGUGGAGGCUGCUGUUUCAAAGGCUGUGGCCGCUGGAGCUGUUGCUGAAGGCGAGAUCGCUGAAGGUGAUGGUGCAUGCUGUUGUGCUGGGCGCGUGGGCAAGAAUGCUUUGUUCUUAUCUCGUGAAUCGUGCGAUAGGAGAAGGGACGAGUGGGCCAUACGUGUUGAUUUUAUGUGCGGAAUGGGUUCUGGUCGAGGGUUUUUGAAAGUCUUGUUUACCCUUCAAUUAAGGGAGUAA